ACCCUGCCAUAUGGGCAAAUGCAUCGCUCCCGAGACCUGUCUCUGCGAGUACGGUUACAAGUUACUUGAAGGCUCGGCGCACAUCUGUGAACCAGUCUGCGAGAAUACCUGCGUGAAUGGAAACUGUACAGCGCCGGAAACCUGCACCUGCAACACAGGCUACAAACAGGACUUAACAAACCCGUUCGUCUGCGAACCCAUCUGCGACAACGAGUGUUUGUUCGGUGCCUGUGUCGCACCCAACACCUGCGAAUGCAACAUGGGCUAUCAGCUAAUUGAGAACACUUGCGAACCAGUCUGCUCUGAACCCUGCCAUAUGGGCAAAUGCAUCGCUCCCGAGACCUGUCUCUGCGAGUACGGUUACAAGUUACUU